AUGGAAGGACCUUUUCGUAGUGUAGAUAAACGUAAUUCUUCAUGUGUAAGAAAAGUUGAUGUCAUGCAGAAUGAAAUGAAAGCAGUUGAGAAUAAUAUAAACAGUACAAGUAACAUAAGUAGCUCAAUCAAUGCUAGUUUUAUGAAAAAUUUUAACAAUUAUGAUAUACCUGAACAGUUCAUAAAUUAUUCAUCAGAAUUCAAAGAUUCAUAUGCUGAGGAGCAUUUAAAUUCUUAUGAAUAUAAUUUGGGUAUGAAUAACAAUCAUAUGAACAAUGCGAAUAUGUAUAUGAAGAAUAAUGAUGGUUAUAAUAACUAUUAUAAAAUGAAUAAUAUGUUGGGAGGAAUAAUACUUCCUAAUAAUAAUCAAUUGAAUAAUAUGGAUAAUAUGAACAAUAUGGAUAAUAUAAAUAAUAUGGAUAAUAUGAACAAUAUGGAUAAUAUAAAUAAUAUAGAUAAUAUGAAUAACAUGGAUAAUAUGAAUAACAUGGAUAAUAUGAAUAACAUGGAUAAUACGAAUAACAUGGAUAAUAUGAAUAAUGUAGAUAAUAUAAAUAAUGUAGAUAAUAUAAAUAAUGUAGAUAAUAUAAAUAAUGUAGAUAAUAUAAAUAAUAUGAAUAACAUGUAUCAUAUGAAUAAUAUUAAUUAUAUGAAUCGUAUUAAUAAUAUGAGUUAUUUAAAUAAUACUAUUCCAUUAAACUGCAUAAAUGUUUUUAAUCAUAUAAAUGACAAUUUACGAAAUAAUCUUAUUUCUUAUAAUAAUAAUAAUGAUGAUGAACAAAUGAAUUGUAAUAAAAAUGUAGAACAUAAUAAUAACAAUAUGGAUGGAACCAACAAUAGUAAUAUGAAUUACUCAAAUAAUGAAGGUUCCAAUAUUGCUCCGAAUAUCUAUUUAAAUAAGAAUUCGGAUUAUGAAAAUUGCUACGCAAUAAAUGAGAAUCCUGACAAGGUUAAUGUAGGAAGUUACAAUAAUGAAGAUAAUAAAUUUAAUAUGAGCAAUGUGCAUGUAAUAAAUAACGAAAUGUGUGGAAAUGCAAAUGACAAUAAGAUUGAAAAUGAAGAUGUGAAUAUACCAAUAUGUGGGUCAUCAAUGUCUCCCUUAAAUAUACAAAAUAAUAAUAUUGAAAUUAAUCACAUGCGUGAUAAUUUCCUAUCGAACGAUAUAAUGAGCACUAUUCCAUAUAGCCCUACCAAAAAAAUAAAGAUUGAAAAAAGGGUGAUGAUGAAAAAUAUUAUGCAUCCUAAUGUUAUAAAAAAUAUGGAUGGAAAUAAUAUUGAUAUGGAUAAAAUGAGUGCCAAUAAUAUUGAUAUGAAUAAAAUGAGUGUUAACAAUAUUGAUAUGAAUAAAAUGAGUGUUAACAAUAUUGAUAUGAAUAAAAUGAGUGUUAACAAUAUUGAUAUGAAUAAAAUGUGUGCCACUAAUGUUGAUAUUAACAAAAUGUGUGGCAAUAAUAUUGAUAUGGAUCAUAUGAACAGCAACAAUAAUGAUUUGAUUAAUAUGAACAAGUACAAUAUUCAUAUGAAUAUUAAUAAUAAGAUUCCAAAUAAAUUUGAUGCAAAUGAAAAUAUUAGGAUCGGUAAAACGGACCAUCCUAAAUAUUUAAAUGGUAAGGAUUAUGCCUAUACACGAAGCUGUUAUAAUGAAAAUAAUAUUGAGUAUAAUGAAAAUAAAAAUGAAAAUGAAAAUAAUGAUAUAAAAGGGAAUAAAAAUAUUAUUAGGAAAAAUAAUAUUAUGAAUUUUAAUGCUAAUAAUAAUAAUAAUAAUAAUAAUAAUAAUAAUAAUAAUAAUAAUAAUGAUAAUGAUAAUAGUAAUAAUAAUAAUAAUAGUAAUAAUAAUAAUAAUAGUAAUAAUAGUAAUAAUAGUAAUAAUAGUAUUAAUAAUAAUAAUAGUAAUAAUAGUAAUAACAAUAAUAAUAAUAAUAACAACAAUAAUAAUAAUAAUAAUAAAAAUAAUAAUAAUAAUAAAAAUAAUAAUAAUAAUAAUAGUUAUAAUAAUAAUAAUAGUAAUAAUAAUAAUAAUAGUAAAAAUAAUGCUCAAAUAACUUAUGGUGAAAAUAUUUAUAGUACUAGUAAUUAUCAAAAUAAUAAUUUUUAUGAAAAAAAUAAUUUUGUUGAAAUAAAAAGAAUAAAUAUAAAUGAAAAUUUUUGUGAUGAAAAAAAUAAAGAAUUAAAAAAAAAUAUGAUUCCAAAAAAUCAAGAUACUUUAAAUGAAGUAACUAAUAAGAUUCUUAUAAAUAAAAAUGCAGAAUUAACUAACCAAAAAAAUUUUAAAAAAAAAAUGCGUGCAAAUAUUAAUGCAUGCCUAUCAGGUAGUAAUAAUAAUAUAAAUAAUAACAAUAUAAAUAAUAACAAUAUAAUUUUUUAUAAUGAAUUUAUAAAGGAUGAUAAUUAUUAUAAUAAUAUAUGUUUAAAUAAUGAAGAAUUAAAUAAUAAUAAUAAUAUCCUAUUUAAUGAUAAUAAAAAUUGCAAUUAUAAGAAUCUUCAUUUAAACAGUACAAUUAAUUUUAAUCGUAACAAUAAUAACAAUAAUAUUGAUAAUAAUAAUAAUAUUGAUAAUAAUAAUAAUAUUGAUAAUAAUAAUAUUAAUAUUAAUAAUAUUAAAAACAAUAAUGAUUAUUAUAUUAAAUAUAAUAAUUUAAAUGAAUUUAAAGAAGAAGAAGAAAAAGAAGAAAAAGAAAAAGAAAAAGAAAAAAAAAAAAAAGAAAAAAAAGAUAACGAAAAAGAAAAAGAAAAAUUACCAAAUGAACAAGAAGAAGAACAACAAAGGGAAAUAAUUAAAAAAGGAAAAACACAAAACAUAAACUCAAAUAAAAAAAUUACAAAGUGUAUUAAUUCAUCCAAUUCAUCAUCGUAUUUGAUGAAUUAUGAUAAUAACAAUAUUAAUUAUAUAAAAGAAAAUACAAAAAAUCUUGCUGAAUUUCAAAAUAUUAAUAAUAUAAAUAAUUUAACCUCUAAUAAUUGUCCCCAUGUUUUAAAUGUUUCAUCAUUAAACGUAAAAAAUAUGGAAAAUCAAAUGGCAAGAAAUAAUUCGAGUUUUAAUAAUAUAAACAAUAAUCAUCUUAAUAAUGAUAUGCAUAAUUUUAAUCAACAUUUACAUAAUUUGAAACAUAUUAAUAACCCAAUUAAUUUAAGUACUCAUGGUAGUCUUCAAAAAAACAAUGUGCAAAUGAGAAUGAAUACAAAAAAAAUAGUACCAGAAGAAAAUAUAGAAAUGGAAUCUUUUAUGAAUAUAAAUAAGAAUUCCUCAAAUAUAAAUUUUAUUGAACAUAAUAUGAUGAAUAAUAAUAUAAAUGCAUAUUAUAAUAAUAAUAAUAUGAUAAAUAAUGGUACUAAUGAAACUCCUAAAAGAACUCAUAGAGCAUCAUUAAAUAUAAUGCCAAAUAUUAACAUACCUCAAAAAAAUAACUUUACAUUAAAUUCUAAUAAAAAUGAUGUUGUUAUGAAUAAUAUAAAUUCAUAUCAUGUACAACAUGUAAAUUAUGAAGAUAUGGAAAAUAAAAAUGCUUAUCCUAAAAAUUUCAUAAAUAAUUUAGAAAAUCACCAAAUGACUACUACUAUUGAUGGUAACAAAAAAAGAGUUAGCGAACAUAGUGGCGAUCUAAAUCGAAUGUUGAAUAAUAAUUUAAGUACUCCUCCUAAUAAUAUAAAUAAUAUAAAUAAUAUAAAUAAUACAAAUAAUACAAAUAAUAUAAAUAAUAUAAAUAAUAUAAAUAACAAUGUUAAUAUUGUUAAAGGUAAAACUGUGCAAAUGAAUUCUCCUUUAAAAAAUAUUACGAAUUCGCUCCAUGCUAAUAAUUAUAAUAUAAAUAAAAUGAUGGUGUAUCCACCACAAAAUAUUAUUACACAUGGUAAUACUAAUAAUAGUAAUACUACUACUAAUAUUACUACCACUAAUAAUAACAAUAAUAAUAACAAUAAUAAUAAUAAUAAUAAUAGUGGAUAUAAUAACAAUGUUUAUCCUUAUGAUAAUAAGGUAGAUAACUCUAAUAACAAUCCUACAAAUAAUGAUUUCAUUAAUCAUUUAAAUAAUGACACACAAAAUAGAAAAAAAUAUUUGGCUAGCAGUCAUGCAGCGAACAUGCAAAAUGCUGGAAAUCACGUUUAUAUAAAUAAUAUUAGUAUUAAUAAUAAUGUAAACAACAUGAAAAAUAAUAAUAUGAAUAAUAAUAAUAAUAAUAUGAUAAGCAAAAAUAGCUUGGCUAAUAUUAAUAAUAACAAUAAUAUGAAUAAUAUGAACAAUAAUAUGAACAAUAUGAACAAUAUGAACAAUAAUAUGAACAAUUUGAACAAUAGCAUAAAUAAUAAUAAUAUGAAUAAUAUGAAUAAUAUUAAUAUUGGUAAUAACGUUCUUGUUGCUUAUAAAAAUGUCUCAAAUAAUAAUAGAAACAUAAAUAAUGAUAAUAAUAACGUAAUAUUAAAUCCUAAUUAUGAUAUGAUCAGCAGGAAUGAAAACACACAAAAUAAUAAUUUAAACAUGGCAAACGUACAAAAUGUUUACAGUAAUAAUAAUACUGGAGGUUUUAUUGUAAAUAAAAAUAUGAUAAAUGAAAACAAAGUAUCGAAUUUAGAAACAACUCAUCCAUAUAACCAUAUAGAUAAUAAAAUGAUGACUGACUUGAACAAUAAUAAUAAUAAUAAUAAUAAUAACAGUAAUAUAAAUAAUAAUAAGAGUGGUGCAAAUAUAAAUUAUAAUAACAUGUACAAUCAAAAUAUACACAACCGAAUGAAUAAUACUAAUACAAUUGUACAAAAUAAUGUUCGCUCAAACAUUUUAUUAAAUAAUAAGAAUAAUAGUAAUAGUAGUAAUAAUAAUAAUAAUAAUAAUUUACCAUAUGAUAAAGAAAAUGUAACUAAUAUAAAAUAUGAUUUAUUAAAUAAUAAGAAUGUUCAUAACAAUAUACCAUUUAUUGGAACCAAAAAAAGUCUUAAUAAUUCAUUGGUUCAAUUAAAUAAUAAUAUGAAUAAAAAUAUAUUAUCGGAAGAUAUAAAUAAAAAUGGAGAUAUCCUAAAUUCAUUUAAUGGAAAUGCAUUACCAAUUAAUUAUGAUCGAAAUGAAUAUGCACCUUCAUAUUCUGAAAAAAAUACAAACAUAAAUGAAACAUAUAUGAAUUCUAUGAUAAACUCAAAAAACAAUAGUAUUCAUUUAAAUCAAAUGUUUACAAAAAAUACUAUAACAUCUAACAAAAAUAAUAGUAGUAAUGAAAAACAAAUAAUGAAUAGAAAAAAAUUAACAAAAACACAAAAUAUAAAUAAUUUAAAAGCAACAGAUAUUAAUUCAAACAUUAAUUUUAUUAAUCAUAUGAAUAAUAAUAGUGAUGUAAAGAGAAUGAGUAAUUUCAAUAUCCAUAGAGAUGGUAUGUAUUUGAAAGAUGAACAAAACACAGUUACACAAGAUAUUAAAAAGGUUUGUACUAAUAUAUCAUCAAAUUAUGGUUCUUUAAAUUAUGUAAAUCGUGAUAUGAUGAAUCAGUGCAAAAAUAAUAAUACGAUUAACAAUAACGCGAACAAUACUAAUAUGAUUAACCAUAACAUGAACAAUAAUAAUAUGAUUAACCAUAACGCGAACAAUGCCAAUAUGAUUAACCAUAACGUGAACCAUAAUAAUAUGAUUAACCAUAACGUGAACCAUAAUAAUAUGAUUAACCAUAACGUGAACCAUAAUAAUAUGAUUAACCAUAACAUGAACCAUAAUAAUAUGAUUAACCAUAACGUGAACCAUAAUAAUAUGAUUAACCAUAACGUGAACCAUAAUAAUAUGAUUAACCAUAACGUGAACCAUAAUAAUAUGAUUAACCAUAACGUGAACAAUAAUAAUAUGAAUAACCAUAACGUGAACAAUAAUAAUAAUAUGGCAGGAAACAAUUUUGUUGUUGGACUUUUAAGAAAUGAAAAUCAUUCAAAAGAUCAUGAAAUACCAAAUAAUUUAGGUAAUAUGAAUAAUUAUAGUGAAUAUGUUAAAAAUAAUUAUUCUGUCGUAAACGAUCCCAAAGUUCUUAAUGCAAAUAAUAAGGAAAACACGAAUAGUCCAUACAAUAAUACUUCUCAUGACCAUGUUAAUAAUAAUAAUAACUAUAAUAAUAAUUAUAACAAAACUAUAGAUCAUGCUUCUUCAAAUAAUAAUAUAGCAUCUUCCGCAUGUGUAAAUUUAAAAAAUUUAAUUAAUAUAAAUAAAAAUUUCAAUGUAUUAAUGAAUAAUAUAAACGUAGAUCAAUCAUCUUUAAAUAUGAAUGCUCAAAGUAAUAACAUGUAUGAUUCUUAUGGUAAAGAACCUAUUGGUAUUAUAAAUAAUAUGGAGAACCCUGAACAAUUAGAAAAUAACAGUAAUAAUAUGAUGUAUGCAUCAAAUCGAAGUUUAAUAAAUCCAUAUAUGAAUAUUAUGAACAUGAAAGGAAAUGUCAACAUGAACAAUAAUAUGAACAAUAGCAUGAACAAUAAUAUGGUAUUAAAUAGAAAUUCCUUAUCUUUAAAUAAUAUGAAUUUAAUGAAUGAUUUAAAUUUGAAUGGAAAUUCUUAUGUAGAUUAUAAAUUUAAUGGGAAUAUACCAAAUGAAGAAUUAUACAAUUUACAUAUGAUUCAAAAUAAUGAUAUAAAAAAUAAUUUAAAAAAAGUGGUACCAAAGAGAAGAAAACAAGAAAAUAAAACAAAUGAAUCUCCUAAUACUGUAAAUGUUUUAGGUGGUACAAAACGACCAAGAAAAAAGAAAAAAGAUAAUGCAUCUUCAGAAUCCUCAAAUAAUGAAUUAUUAUUAAAAAAUAAAAAAACGAGUAAAAGCACAAAGGGAAGAAAACCAAAAGAUAAAAAUUUAUCACAACCUAAUGUUCAUGAACAAAUAAAUAAUUGUUAUAUUGCUAAUGAUAAUUCUUCAAACGUUUUAAAUAAAAAUAUCAUGGAUAAUAUGGGAAAUGAUAUAAAAAAUGAUAUAAAAAAUGAUAUAAAUAAUGAUAUAAAAAAUGAUAUAAAAAAUGAUAUAAAAAAUGAUAUAAAAAAUGAUAUAAAUAAUGAUAUAAAAAAUGAUAUAAAAAAUGAUAAUAAUAUGAACCUGAACAAUGCUACCUCUUCUUCUAGCGUGAGUGCUAAUAAUAAUAUAUCUCAAAUGAAUAAUUUAUAUUCUGAUGAAUCAAAAGCUUAUAAUACGUAUAACAUGAAUCAGAAAUAUAUAAAUGAUAAUAUUAAAAUGAAUAAUAACAUUAUCCCUGUAAAUAAUAAUAACAAUAAUAUUAACACUACUACGAAUAAUAAUAAUAAUAAUAAUAAUAUUAUUAUUAACUUUAAUAAUAUGCAGGAUAAUCAAAUGAACGAAAAAAUGAUCACGAAUAAAAGUAAAACUAUGAGUACCACCAAAAAUGUGUUGUAUGAACAAAAAUAUGAAAGGAAUCAUUCAGAAAACAUGUCCAUUUAUAUGAAAAAUGUUUUGCAUGUUAAUGAUAAAUUAAGUAAUAGUAAUGUAUCAAUGAAAAAAGAUACGUCAUCAUUAUAUCCAAAUAAUAUAGAGAUACAAGCACAAAUGAAUAACAUACUUAAAGAUAACCAAUUAUUACAAAAUAGAUAUAAUGUAAACAAUAAUCAAGGAAAUAAUAAUGUGAUUAAUAAAAGUCAGGGUACGCACGGAAAUGAUUCAACAAUGAAUAAUGCAAAUAUAUACACGCAUAUUGACGAAAUAUUUGGUGAUCCAAAUAAUAUAAACAAGGUUAAUUCACACAACGAAAAUAUGAAUAAAAGUGUGGAUCAAAAUAUAAAUACAAAUAUUAAUACACAACCUAAUACAGACGUGAAUACAGGCAUAAAUACAGAUAUGAAUACAGACAUGAAUACAGACGUGAAUACAGACAUGAAUACAGACAUGAAUACAGAUGUGAAUACAGACGUGAACACACAUUUAAAUACACACAUAAAUACCGACAUUAACACACAUAUAAAUACCGACAUAAAUACAGACAUAAAUACAGACAUAAAUACCGACAUAAAUACAGACAUUAACACACAUAUAAAUACAGAAAUAAAUACAGAAAUAAAUACAGACAUAAAUACAGACAUAAAUACAGACAUUAAUACAGACAUUAAUACACAUAUAAAUACACAUAUUAGUGCUGAUAUAAAGUAUGAAAAUAAUAAUAUUCCUGACAAUUCAAGAAAUGUUCAAGGAACUAUUUGCGAAGAUGAACAAAAAAAAAUCAAUAACCUUGAAAAUGUUCCAAAUGUAGAGAAUGAUAAUGUGCAAUUAAAUGAAGACCAUCAUAACAAUAAUAAAAAUUUGAGUGAAAUGAAUAGGGGCGAAGAAUAUGCUCACAAUGUAACUUUGUCAACAGAUAACCAAAGUAAUGAAUACAAAAAUAAUAUAGAGGAUAAUGCUGAUGUGGUUGAACAAAGUAUGGAUGAUAAUAAUAAUAAUAAUAAUAAUAUGGAUAUGAAUGAUUCUCAUUUAAAUGAUAUGAACAAAGUAAUUAAUAUUACUAAUAAUAGUGUCAUAAAUAAAUCUUUUGUGGAAAUAAUGGAGAAUGAAUAUCCUCAUGAUUCUUUUGAAAAUGUGAAUGAUAAUAAUAGAGAUGAAAAGGUUAUUUCAUGUAAUGAAAAUUUUGCACAUAAAGAAAAUAAUAUCAUAAUAUUAUCAAAGAAUACAGAAGAUAGUAAUGCAAAUAUGUACCAGAUUAAGAAUCGAGCAUUUGAUAUAUAUUUAAAUGAAAGCACAAAAAAUAGAAUAGAAACAGAUAACAAUAACAAUAACAAUAACAAUAAUGAUAAUGAUAAUGAUAAUAUUAACCGUAUGAAUAGUAAUGAUGAUAAUAUGGAAAGUCAUAAAAUCUAUAAUAGUAAUGAUAAUGUUAAUAGUAACAAUAAUUUUGAUUCUUCUAAUGCGAAUAAUAAUCAACUAGAAGAAAAUUUAAAAAAUGGAAUUUCCACAACAGAUUGUGCCGAUUGUGUUGAUAGUUUAGUUACUUCAAAUUCUAAUAUAGGUGAAGAAUUUAAUGAAGGAAGUGCUGUAUUAAUCGGUUCAUUUAGAGAUAAUGAACAUGUACAUAUGAAUGAAAAUGAAAUAUUAAGAAGCCAAAUGAAAGAUGAUAUUUUGGAUAAUUUAAUAAAUAUUAAUUUCAAAGAUGAAAUAAAAAGAAUAAUACAAAAUGCUGAAGCUACAUUUAAUAUAAAUGAACAAAGUGAACAAAUCAUUUUUAAUAUCUACAAACAAGUAGAUAAUUCCAACUUUCUAAAAAUAUUAAAAGAAGUAAUGGUGAGGAAAAAUAACUUGUCAAACAUGGAUUAUUUUAAAAUCACCAAUUAUGAGAGAAAAAUAAUCAAUCAUAAAAAUUUUGUUCAUAAUAGUAAUAGAUCAAAAUUAGUUACACUUCAGUAUGAAGAAAACGAUGAAAAUAAUACCUCAAGAAAUAUGAACUGUAUUGUAAGAUCGGAGAAUUGCUUGUUAGCAAGUGAUAAAAAAAAAAUUAUCGAUAAAAUAAUUAAUUCAAAUUUUGAUAUCACUUUAACAAGCACAUCCUUAGCUAGUACAUCCAUUGUCAAUACAUUUAAAGAGGAUGAAUAUGAAUUAUUAGAUUCUUUUACUUGCGAAUAUUUUUGUUUUUCUGUUUGUGUUAAGAAUGAAUUUAACACCCAUUUGGAAUUUUACAAAAACAUAGUGCGCCCAGACAACAAUGAUGAUGAAUCUGGUAAAUUUUAUAUAAGAGCACAAUGCAAAGAUUAUGAUACUUUUUUUGAAAGUUUUGUAGACUUUCUAAUUUAA